UCUCCGGAGGGCGUUUGUAUUCAUCUGGUCUGUCCUUCUUGUGCUUCAACAUGGGCCACUAUGCCUCUUCCUCAUCCUCUUCAUCAUACCGUCGAAUGUUUGGUGGUCCUGGCUACCUGACACCACCAAUGUCCCGUGCAAUGUUUUGCCGAGCCUCCACCGAGGGGUCUGGCAGCUCUCGGGUCAGCUCCAGAGUCUAUGAGGUCAGCAAGUCCUCCACUUCCUCUCCUGGAUUCUCCAGUCAUCGAGCCUCCUCCUACAGUAUGCCCAACUUGUCUGCGGGCUAUACCCGCUCCUAUGGUGGCAUGGGUGAAACGCUGGACUUCAACCUGGCCGACGCGCUCAACCAGGAGUUUCUCCAAACACGCACCAAUGAGAAAGCUGAACUUCAGCACCUAAACGACCGAUUCGCCAACUACAUUGAGAAGGUCCGCAUGCUGGAGCAGCAGAACCAGGUGCUGGUGAUUGAGGUGGAGCGCUUGAGGGGGCGGGAGCCCACACGGAUCGCCGACCUGUAUGAGGAUGAGAUGAGGGAGCUGAGAAGAGAGAUCGAAGUGGUCACCAGUCACAGAUCACAUGUGGAGGUGGAGCGGGAUAACUUGGCAGAUGACCUGCAGAAACUGAAACUCAGGCUUCAGGAGGAGAUUGCACUGAGGGAAGAGGCAGAGAAUAAUCUGGCCGCUUUCAGAGCGGACGUGGAUGCUGCCACUUUGGCCCGACUGGAUCUGGAAAGACGUAUAGAGACUCUCCAAGAAGAGAUUGCCUUCCUCAAGAAGAUCCAUGAGGAGGAAAUUCGUGAGUUGCAGGCCCAGAUGCAAGAGACUCAAGUCCAAAUCCAGAUGGACAUGUCCAAACCGGACCUGACUGCUGCCCUGGGGGACAUCCGUGCUCAGUAUGAGGGCAUCGCUGCAAAGAACAUCGCAGAGGCUGAGGAUUGGUACAAGUCACAGGUGUCAGAUCUUAACCAGGCAGUGAGCAAGAACAACCAGGCUCUCAAACAAUCCAAGCUGGAGACCAUGGAGUACAGACACCAGAUUCAGUCCUACACCUGUGAGAUCGACUCCCUCAAGGGCACCAACGAGUCUCUCAUGAGGCAGAUGAGAGAUAUGGAGGAUCGCCACGGUCGUGAGGCCGGUGCUUUCCAGGACAACAUCGCCAGGCUGGAGGCAGAGAUCGUCAACAUGAAGGAUGAGAUGGCGCGUCACCUGCGAGAAUAUCAGGACCUGCUCAAUGUUAAGAUGGCCCUGGAUGUGGAGAUCGCCACCUACAGGAAACUGCUGGAAGGAGAGGAGAGCAGGAUUGUGAUACCCAUGCAGUCAUAUUCCACUAUAAGCUUUAGAGAGACGAGUCCAGAGCACCAACAGAGAGCAUCUGAAAUGCACUCAAAGAAAACAGUCCUGAUCAAGACCACCGAGACGCAUGAUGGGGAGGUGGUGAGUGAAUCUACACAACACCAGCAGGACAUCAUGUAACCCUCGGACAAGGAGCUGCAACCAAACAAUCAAACCAAGAUAAAAAUAAAACCUUUAGGACAGUUUUUCAUAAUCUGUAGUUUCUUUUGUUUCUCCACACAUCCUAAAAGGGAUAUAAGCACAUCUGCAUGAGCGGGAGAAGAGAGCGAUCACAUUCUUUUUAAAUUUGUAUUUUUAAGCAUUUUUAGUCCAGUUAUAACCUAUAUGUCAGUUUGGAAUAAUGUAAGGUUGAUUAAACUUCAAGUAUCAGAUAAGGUAAAAGAAGGACGGAAAUAGUAAGGUGAGUGCAGUAAAUGGAGAGAACAGAAGCAGAAAGCAGACUUGGAUAACAUGAAAUGAUAAAGAGAACUGUGAGGAUGGUGCCAAGCAUAAGAAAAAAUUAAUUAAAGAUACCUAAGCCAACACAUUCCAUUAAUGUUUUCUCUGUGUGUUUGUUUCUGUGUGCGUCUGUUCACCUAUACAUGAGUCCAAAUAUGCCCAGACAGAAAUAGAGAGAUGAAUCACAGAUCACAAGAGACACAGUGAAUUCACAAAGUUUACUAUAAUAACCAGGCCCAUACAAACACAUGCUGUUGUACAGUGUCCAAAAACAAAAAUGUUGAUGUCAGAUUGUCAAAGGUUUCAUUGCAUGAAGACUUUCUGUCUUUAAGACGACACUCUGUUAUAAAGUUAUAACGGUAAGUUAUAAAGAAACGGUAAGUUAUAAAGAAAUCAUGACUAUGCAUGUAAAACCGAACAAACAAACAAACUAAUAAAUACCACCAUCCAUUCACCUGUCGGGACUCGGGAUCCCUUGAAAAACAAUUAAUUAGAAAUAAACCAAUAUCUAAUAAAUAUGAUAGGCCACGUUGAAAUGGAUAUACUAAAUGUGCAUUUUAUGUACAUAACAUAGAUUUUCUGCUUUGCAGAAUAAAAAAAAGAAAAAGAAAAAGAGAGACACCAUGGCAGAAUCUGCUCAUUUCAAUUGUCUGUAUGAAGAUGGGCCUGAAAACGCAUUGUGGAAAGGAAAAUGUGGGUGCUUAUGUCAUGCAGUUUGCCCCAAAGGACUGUGGGGAUCUUUUAAGAAGGACGUUUGCUCUUCAACCAUCAUGUCUUCCUGGACACCCUAUUAUGUUCACUAGUUUUAUACACAGCAGUAACUGAACGCUCAUGGUGCCAUCCGUUGCACUCGCCUCCGAGGGGACAAAUCUACAGUUUUUGCAUCAUUAUUCUGUGUCCAUGUACUUUAUAGUUCUUCCCCCAGUACUCAAAAACAUUCACGCUGUCCCUGAGUAUCAUCUUCGCUCAUUUCCUCCAUCUUGUCCUCGUUCUUUUCAUCACCAGGCAUUCAGCUCUGCAUCCCAGAGUGGACCAGGUGGCUCUAAUCAGCAGUAAUAUGGCUCUUUGCCCUACAGCCUUUCUGAAACAAGGCUAAGGAGUUGGAUUCUCCUGAGAGAGUUUCUUAGUGGUGUCUCGAAGGCACCCCUGCUCGACGGUAUUUGGUACAGUCCUGGGCCGGAAUGCGGGAUCUCACAAUACAGACACUGACUGGUGGAAUCCACAGACUUUACUAUGAGAGGAGGAACGGCUGACUUCCAAAUAGCAGUCAGCGUUGUAGUACAAAGACAAGAUUCAGCACCAACUGAUGAAUUUGUUACAAACAGAAACGCAAUAUCGUGAAACAUUGAUGAACGGGCAACACACUAAUUCAUCACAGACGUUUUUUGAAAAUAAUUUAACAGAGUGGAGCCCAGAUUGAUGUUUUUUUUAACCACCUCAUAAUGGUUUCCGUAUUAGGUGAACAGAAUGCCACAUCUCAGGCACAUGUUCAGGUAAAGUGUGUUAGUGUAACUGUGUUUGUGAAAGCAGCUCUUUAAUACAACCGUGGUCUCGGAAUGAUGCAUCCGGUAUUAUAGUUAGAAAUGCUUUCAUUGUUCAGUUCUGAAUGGUGAGGAGCCCCAAGCCUCUGUGCGUGCGGGACCCAGGGUCAGGUCAGCACCGGAUGAGAGUGUGUG